AUGUGCCAAGGUUGCAUUAACCUCAACGCCGCGGAGCCUUCGGAGCUCCCCGAGCUAUACCAACAGGCUGUAGCGAAACUAAUCGAGCACGGCAAGAAACUGCUCAAACACUGCACCGAGAUGGAGGACUACUACCGCUCGAUGGGCUAUUGCUAUCACACUUCGCAGCUCACUAGGCGCGAAGCAAUGGCCGACUGUCCCACCCACGGCCCUCAACUGCUCAAUCUCGAAGAAGCCUUCGACCUCGACGACCCAGAGGAUUACCACAUCCUCUUCAAACCAAUGGAGACCAGCAUAACCCUCCUGAAGGAAGUGAUCUCAGACGCCGAACAUAUCCCAUCCAACCCCCCAACCCCCCAACUCGCCGAACUCCUCACCAACUCGCUCCAACCCAAACUCCACACCGCCCACAUCACAAUAAACAACAUGCGCACAUACUUUAACCGCAUAAACUUCUACACCACCACCCUCCGCUCACUUACCUGCCAGUCCAGCGGCACACACUCACUCAACACCAACAACGAAACCCCCUGGCACCACUGCAAGCUCAACAUGCGCACCGGCCAGUGGGAACUCGAGUCCAUGGCGGAAGAAUGGACUGAUUACCUAAAUUGGGUCACUUGUUUGCCGGAGACGCAGGUGUGGGUGCGGAAGGGGGAGGACGCGAAGGAGAUUGCGCUGAGGUGGUUGGGAAGGUUUGUUGUUGUGGAUUUGGUGUUGGCGGAUAUUAAUUGA